AUGGAUCCGUACUCGAAAGACUUACUGUGGUUAGUUAUAUGUGGUUUUAUAGUAGCGUUUAUUUUGGCGUUUGGUAUUGGAGCUAACGACGUGGCAAAUUCCUUCGGUACAAGUGUGGGUUCGAAGGUCCUCACACUUACACAAGCAUGUAUUCUAGCAACCAUUUUUGAGAUCGCUGGAGCUGUGUUGAUUGGCUAUAAGGUGUCAGAUACAAUGCGCAAAGGUAUAUUGGAUGUAUCAUUGUAUGCGGAUGGAGGGGAACGUUUGUUGGCUGCUGGCUGUCUAGCAGCUCUGAUAGCGAGUGCUGUCUGGUUGAUUCUUGCUACAGGAUUAAGCUUACCCGUGUCUGGGACUCAUUCAGUGGUAGGAGCGACUGUUGGUUUUACGCUAACAGCAAAAGGUCCGAUAGGCGUUAGGUGGUCUACACUCGGCGCAAUAGUCUUAUCCUGGUUUAUAUCACCUGUGCUAAGUGGUGCAGUAUCAGCGUUUUUAUUUUGGCUAGUCCGUAAAUUCAUUCUACGUUCUCCUCAGCCAAUUAAGGCUGGAUUGCAUUCACUUCCGUUCUUUUAUGGAGCAACAAUUGCUGUUAAUGUUCUGAGUGUUGUACAUGACGGCCCAAAAUUGUUAGAAAUGGAUAACAUACCGCUUUGGUUGGCUUUAGCGGGUUCAUUGACACUUGGGGCUAUUGGAGCUCUAUUAGUGCGUGUCUUCCUAGUGCCCUACUACCGUCAACGUCUUGCACCGCCACACGUUAACUUUACUGUAGGACUUUCCAAUGAAACAACACCAGCCAAUACUCCAACACAUAGCAAGAACAGCACCGCCCAACGCCCAACUUCUUUGUUAUCUGAAGACGGAAAACUUCUUGAAGUAAUUACUGAAAGUGCAGAAAUGGUAACACUUAGUGACGCUGACAAAUCAUCAGUCGGGGUUAAAGAAAUGAAUGCCAAGAAUCGAGCUUUGUUAGCCACAAUGGAUGAUUGCAGUAUACUCUCUCGAAGUUUAAGUCCUCCAAAUAAAUCCCGACUUCAAUUAAUAGACGCAGACCCGCAAAUAAAUACACUCAAAUAUAUAGACGAGACCCUUAGUUGUUGCAAGAGUUUGGAUUCAAAUCAAUUGGUAGGAAUGGGCGAGAGUUAUGAUUCAAAGAAUGGAUUUUUAGGUGAUUCAUGUGAUACAAUAGCACGCGGAGAGUUUGGGCGAUUAUCGGCUUUGAUGGCACUACCAGCAACCGUAGAAUUCGACACGCCACCACCAAGGUUGGAUAAGGAUCCGGUGGUUGGCAGCGCUUGGAGUAUCGAGUGUGAUAUGCGCAGGUCCCGUUUAGCUGCACUUACUCCCAACUCUAGCGCUGCGCCCCUACUCCGAGCGGCCAGUCCUCCGCGCGCCCCGCCGGCUCCUCCACCAGACACCUUCCGUCUCUUCUCCUUCCUACAAGUUCUCACAGCCACCUUCGGGUCGUUUGCUCACGGAGGAAAUGAUGUCAGCAACGCGAUAGGACCACUGGUGGCGCUAUGGCUGUUAUAUUCUGAAGGCGGAGCUCACGCGAAGGCGGAGACUCCACUCGCAAUACUUGUGUUCGGUGGCGUGGGUAUAGCGUUGGGACUUUGGCUGUGGGGUCGACGAGUCAUUCAGACCGUAGGAGAGGAUCUGACCAGCAUAACACCCGACACAGGUUUUACUAUCGAGUUGGGCGCGGCUCUGACUGUGCUGGUGGCGUCUAAGGUAGGGCUACCGGUGUCCACUACGCAUUGUAAGGUCGGAUCUGUGGUUUGUGUGGGAUAUUCUUCUGAAAAUAAAGUGGACUGGAGCUUGUUUAGGAACAUAAUAUUCGCGUGGGUGGUCACUGUACCGGCGGUGGCGGGAAUGUCAUCGCUCGCUAUGCUUGCUCUUGAAAAAUUCGUCGUUUGA